UCUACAUUUCUUAUUUUGCUCUGGAGAGCAGUCUGAACUCUGAACUCUCUGUAUCAUGCACCAACAUAUCUUUUUCGUUCCAACAAUUUACAAGCGUAUUGAUUAUGAUUCAGAAGCACAAAUAUAAGAGAGAAUUUGUAUAGUAUGUCAGAUUCUUGCAAGAUGCCGCUGCCGCUUUUCCACCGCAACAUCUCUUUGCUGCCACUCGCGGCAAACUUUUCCGUAAUAAAAAGUGGGGUGCAACCUCGCUGCACGCACUGCAGCUCAGCUCACCCCCACAGUCCACGACCACACUGCCUCACUGCAGCAGCAGCAGCUACGAUGCCAUUGCUGAGCUCGUGGCUGUUCCACAAGCUGCGGCGGAGGAGAAGCGCGGCGAGAGGAGAACCCGACGUCGUCGAAGCGGCGAGCAAGAAGCAGCAACCUCCCAUGGCGGCGGCGGCGGCAGCGGCGCCGUGCUCGCCGUCGCCGAACAGGGCGUCGUACUACUUCGCGAGCAGAGAACGCUGUCUCCCUCCGGCUCGCGCCGCCACGGACAACCACAAGCUCCGGGACACCCGGUUCCCGCGGAGCCCGCAGCCGAACGACGACAUCGUGUUCGACGUCGUCGCCGUCUCGGCGUCGCCGGCGCGCGGCCAGUUCGACGGGAUGAAGGCGAUGCCGGAGCUCAAGCUGCGGCCCAUCCUCACCAAGCGCGCCACCGCCAAGAACGACGGCGACGAAGGUGACGCGCUGGACAGCGGCACGAGCGCGGCCGCGUCGCCGACGUCAAGGGUGCGGCGGUUCGUCCACCACGCGAAGCCGAGCAGCGGGAGGCGGAAGGGGCGGGUGGCGGCGCUGCCGGCCGACGCUACCAGCCGGAGGCGGCGGCGGCGGCGGCGGUGCCGGUGGCUGUACGAGAGCCUGGUGGUGGUGAAGGAGUCGGCCGACCCGGAGGAGGACUUCCUGGAGAGCAUGGCGGAGAUGAUCGCCGCGAACGACGUGCGCUCGCCGCGGGACCUCGAGGAGCUUCUCGCUUGCUACCUCGCCCUCAACGCCGCCGAGCACCACCGCGCCAUCGUCGGCGCGUUCCGCCGCGCGUGGCUGCACGCCGCCGCCGCCACGGCGGCGCCGCCAUCACCUAGCCCGAUCAAGUGAUCGAGAUUAUUACUACGUACGUACCAGCAAAACGCAAGAUUAAUUGCUACGUGCCCUGUACAGAGUGACCAUGCAUGUGAUGAUCGAAUUCGGUAUGAUUAAGAUGAUAGUCGUUGCACAAAUCGAUCGCAAGAUGGUUUGAUAAAAAAUGUUUGAUUCGUUUGCUCGAUCGAUCGUGCUAUGCUUCGCCGUGAUUUCGCUGCGGAUGCAAAGGUGAAGGAUGGAUGAGCGCACGCGCGUGUGUCACGGGGGCAUCCAUCGCGCUUUAUUUUUCAGAAGGGAAUCGACGCAUGCUGUCUUUACAGAUUGGAGUAGGCCUAUUCGCGUCAGAGUUUUUCUCU